CACGGGGUAAAAGUUGGUAUCGGGUACGGAAGUAUGAGUGAGACGGUGGUCUUAUCUGUAUUGUCAUCAGAAUACAACGUGUACUGUUAUGAUGCUCACCCCCAACUCCUUCACUUCGACUCCAUCCUUUCUCCUCCCUCUUUCCUUCCCCCCCACUUGGUCCUCCUCUAACCUCCAUCGCUUCCCUCCUCUGCAAUCUCACAUUCUCUCGAAUCUCUUAAUAUCUAACCUCCCCAACUACCACCCUCCCAAUCACCACCUCCUACAAAAACUACCGUUCAACAUGGGUUCUGAGCGUGAGAACAAGACGUUCCUCGCGAGGCUCUGCGAGCAGGCCGAGCGCUACGAUGAGAUGGUCAGCUACAUGAAGGAAGUUGCCAACAUUGGUGGCGAGCUUACAGUCGAUGAGCGCAACCUCCUGUCCGUCGCUUACAAGAACGUUGUUGGUACCCGCCGUGCCUCCUGGCGCAUCAUCUCCUCCAUCGAGCAGAAGGAGGAGUCCAAGGGCUCUGAGGAGCACGUCACCAUCAUCCGUGAUUACCGCCAGAAGAUCGAGACUGAGUUGGAGAAGGUCUGCCAGGAUGUCCUGGACGUCCUUGACCAGUCCCUGAUCCCCAAGGCCGAGACUGGCGAGUCCAAGGUGUUCUACUACAAGAUGAAGGGUGACUACCACCGUUAUCUGGCCGAGUUCGCCUCUGGAAACAAGCGCAAGGUUGCCGCUACCGAUGCCCACGAGGCCUACAAGAGCGCCACCGAUGUUGCACAGACCGAUCUCACCCCUACCCACCCCAUUCGCCUUGGUCUCGCGUUGAACUUCUCCGUUUUCUACUACGAGAUCCUCAACUCUCCCGACCGCGCCUGCCACCUCGCCAAGCAGGCCUUUGACGACGCCAUUGCCGAGCUCGACUCCCUCUCCGAAGAGAGCUACCGCGACAGCACCUUGAUCAUGCAGCUCCUGCGCGACAACCUCACUCUCUGGACCUCGUCCGACGGUAACGAGGGUGCCGAGGGUGCUGCCCCGAAGGAGGAGAAGUCUGAAGAGGAGGCCGCCGCCCCUGCCGCCGAGGAGAAGCCCGAGGAGGCUGAGCCUGUCCAGGCCGCGCCUUAAGUAAGGGAGGGGGUUUUCAGCACCACGUGAAGAGUUCGCAAUCAACCGUAUGCCGAAUUGGUAAGGGGGGCGUUCACAUUUCUUCCCGGAUGUGGUAAUGCAAGUCGCAAGUUCGUUUUCACUGCAGCGUGGCUUGAUUGGGACCGGCACCCUAUCUCUUGCACGUGUUCGGGUCCGUGUGGGGUCGGCCGGCGGAGUUUGAUAUUCGGUUGAGGCGAGCGCAGAAAAGGGGCUGAGUGGAAUUUCUCUCUCUUUUAUUGUCUCUAUUCCCACUCCAGCAAGAUUCAAUGUGUUUAUUUUCCAAUUUCACCCGGUCCCCUAUUCCAAAUCCGUUCUCGUACAGUUUCGUAGGACCCAAGUAGAGGUUAUUUUUGAGUGGGACAUCCUAGAGUACACUGCAUCAAUGGGGUACUUUAAUAACCAAG